AUUCUAGAUAGUUGUUAUAGGAAAAUUGACACCAAAGAACUUAAACAUGGUGUUAAAAUUUUUAAUUUGCAUUUUAUUUUUUGAUGGAUUAUUUUCAUAUAAAAUUCACCGAGGAAUACACAUACGAGCUGCUGGAAACCUUAGUAAUGAUGAAUUAAUGGAAAUAGAUCUAUACUUGCGAAGAUAUGGCUACUUAGAUGACCAUAUGCCUGGGACGAGAAUUUUAGCUUCAGCGGAGAACAGAAAAUAUGCAUUACAAUUUUUCCAAAAUUACAACAAGCUGCCAAUAACAGGUGUUUAUGAUACUGCUACAGCUGAACUGUUUGGUAAAGAAAGAUGUGGAUGUCCUGAUGUCAUGCCACAGAAAAACGAAGCAGCAUUUUCUAAGAAAAAAAACCCUCCAACUCCUGUGCAGUUUAACUUAGGAACAAAAUGGGAGAAGAACAGAAUUACAUGGCGACUAAAUUCAUUCAGUCGAAAAAUAAGCCAAGGUCAAGUAAGAGUCGAAACUGCAAGAGCUUUUGACUUGUGGAGUAAAAAUGCCAACCUUCAGUUUGUACAGCUACAAUCUGGAGACGCCGACAUAGAUAUAGAUUUUGCAAGAAGAAACCACGGCGACGGACAGGGAAAUGCCUUUGAUGGACCUGGACGUGUGCUUGCUCAUGCUUUCUUUCCUCCCUUUGGAGAUACCCACUUUGAUGAAGAUGAAGCGUGGGUGGUAAACAGAACAGGAGUAGAUUAUUUUACUGUAGCAGCACACGAAUUUGGACAUGCCCUCGGAUUAGGUCAUUCUGAAAUCAGACAGGCACUGAUGGCACCCUUUUACACCGGCUACAAUCCAAAUUUUGAGCUCAAUUCUGACGACAUUGCUGGAAUACAGGCCUUGUAUGGUCCACCAAGGAAUCAGCCUCCACCAACACCGACUACUCCUAGAACCACAAUGCCACCAGUAGUACCAGUAACGGAGGCCCCGCCACCUCCUCCAACUAACAGACCAACUAUUUGUGAUAUCCCCUAUAAUGCUGUUGUAAGAGAUUUUAAUGGAGAUUUAUUGGUUUUCAUGGGAAGAUCCUACAUGCUGAGAAUUGAUCCAAAUCAAGGUUUAGUCGCUACAAUGACACAACGGACUAUGUUUCAAAGGUCUCCAAUCCGACCCGAUGCUGCCACCGAAGUGAUGAGUGGCAGUAGAAUUCUGAUGAUGAAAGGACGGAGAUUAUACCAUUUCAGCCGAAGUGGUAGGAGAAUAUCCAGGAAGUGGAUCACAGGUGGAGGAGCUACGAUGCCGGAGCAAGCUAGAGCGGCUUUGUCUUUUAGUUCAAACGACAUAUCUGUGUUUGGAGCUAGUCAAGUAUGGAAACUGAAUCCUAACACUGGAAGAGUAAUCUCUGGGAGUCAUCGAUACAUUGGGAGAGAGUUUCCUGGAGUACCAAAUAGGAUUGACGCUGCUGUUAUGCGAGAUGAUAGAACUAUUUUGUUCUUUAAAGGAAGAUCAAGGAUGUACGUGUUUGAUAGACAAUCAGGGCGAGUUGUACGUACGGUAGCUGACAAAGGGAACGAACUCAUGAGUAGCACCUGUAUUGUUUCAUCAUAAGGCUUCCUGUGAGAACAUAUACUGGACAAGCAUUAUAUGCAUACAAACAAUUUAAUUUGACUUUUCCAUUUCACAUAUCAUCAUUUAGAUCUCUGGAUAAUAAAUAUUUCAUUAUA